CACGGCCAAAAUUUAAGACGAUGAUAUCUCAAGUACUACGCUUCACAUUUCCGUCAGCAUCUACCAUAUCGUCAGCAGCAUUCUUGAAGCUGCGCCAAAGCAUUGCCGUAACAGGUGCGACAACUCAGUAUUAUGGCUACACCAUGCCUACAAGGACCUUGAGUCUACCUAGAAAACGCCACGAGGUAUGCUGGGUAAUUCAUUGGCCUGAUGAGCUGCGUGAUCGUAGCGUCCUGAGUGAAGGGUUGGCUGCGAUUGGUGUUACAGAUGCGACGUCUUUGCUGUUCGAAUUUGAUAAUGCUCAGUUAGAGAAUCUCGUAAAGGCUCUUGAAGCUCCCGUUUGCGAAUUUGCAUGCAUCCGACUGAAAGACGAUGCGCCAUUGGAAAAUGAAGCUCUACAAAUGUCAAUGCACAAGACAUAUUCCGAUACUUACCAAAUCCAGGGUUUUACUGGUGGCUAUUGGGCAUAUGCAAUUAAUACAAAUGAGACUGCAGGCGUAUCUUGCUUUGCCCCAUGUGAAGAAAUUGUCCCUAAAGCAAACCGAAAGCUUGGAGUCUACUAUCUCGGGUGGGACAGCAUUGAGCUUCACGAGGAUGGGACCCAAACUGAAGCAUUUUCAGAGGAAAUCAACCGCUUGCAGCCAUACUUUGGCCCAGGGUCUGGGGCUUGGUAUACUAUGCUUCGCCAACACAAAUAG